UUAGCACCUUAAUUAUUUACACUUUUAUCAAAAACUUAUAAGACCCAAUCGGAGUUUGGGCCUUUUCGGCAUUAAAAAAUGUUGGUGAACUUAUUCUUAUCUUCAUAUCGAGACAACUUAUUCUUACACGUUAUAAAGAAUUUUUAAGCAAAAUUCAGAAUGUUAGUUGAAGAUUUGUUCCGCUUUACAUAGAAACUAGGACUAUUUUCUUUCAUUCUUUAUCGGAUACCCCUAGAUUUUUAUGCAUCUAGGGGAUUUUAUGCAGAUAAGGCUAAUUUUAUGAUCUCUAAAGCUACUGGGAGAAAAAUAACUAUGAUUUGUUCUUUCGUUUCAUUGCUGUCAAUAUGAACUUACUAGUAACAAAUGCCUAAGGUUAUUAACACGUAUGAAAAUCUCUAAGGUUGGUGUAGAGGUUGAACAGUCGGUGUUUAGUCCUAUGAAGGAACGCUGCAGUGCUCCUAGAAAAUCUCCCAGAUUCAAGUCAAAACAUAAUGAAAUGGAGGGUAAUAAUGAACAACCCGAUGGAGAGAGUCGUGGAAGGCAAAAGACUGUUGCAGAGGUGGAGAAACCAACAUUUACUCAUCGGAAGAAGCUAUUUGGAAGCGUUCCCAGAAGAUCCCCUCAGCACAUAAGCAAGGAUACUUUAGGACAAGCCAAUGCUCACUCCCAUGAUAUGGAUAUGAAUGAAGAGGAAGAUAAGUCUCUUGCAGAGCCCAAAAAUGGAAAAGAGCAGUCAAUAGAUCAUAUGGAAAAUGAACGAGUGGAGGGAAAAGAAAAACACGGGUGCGAUGUGGUAUUUGUGAAUGAGAAAAGGACUGGAAUGAAAGCUAAGUCCCCACUAAAUGUGCAACGAAUGACCAGGUCCGUUGCUGAAAAAAGAAAAGAGCAAAGCGCUAACAUGAUGAUGUUUUGCAUUUUAGUGGAAAAUUGUCUAGGAGAGAUGAACAGUAUCAAGCAAGAUGCUGAAAUUUUUGGAUUCCAAACAAAAUCUAUCUUUAACAAGGAGGUUUGUCGCUUGGUUAUCAACUUUGAGCAAGUUUCAAAUUCAGUUGUUGAAAUCUGGGCCAGGCACUUGCAUGAAAAAAUGGAGGCUGAUGGAGGGGACAUGCCAGUUCAGUUUGGCACUUCUGCUGCCAUAGCAAUACCAAAGAAGGCAUCACACCAAGCGAUUACAAGAAGGUCACAAUAUAUAGCCGAUCUUUUGGAUAUUUCCUUGCCUGGGCAAAUGACUUUAAUCCCCUAUAAUACCGGGAAUCAUUGGGUGCUGGUUGCUAUCGACAUGAUGGCUCAAACAGUCUACUACCUAGAUUCAAUAGGAGGAAUUCCAACGAAAGAUUUGGAGGAAAUAGUGAACCAAGGGGUGACGAUUAAUCAUGCCCAAAAAUCUAAGACAAGGUUGAAUUUGAAAUGGGUGAGAGUAAUGUGUCCUAAACAAACAGGAGUAGUUGAGUGUGGUUACUUCUUGAUGAAGUAUAUGAAGGACAUUGCAUGUAUCAGACGUGAAUCUGUUGAAACGGAAUUUCUCUACAAUCAAGGAGUAUACCGAAGAUGAUAUUUUACGUGUGCGUGAGGAGUGGGCUUUGUAUGCUGCUACUUUGAUAAAAAAUUUGCAAGCGGAUCCUACAAAGGCUUGAUGAUAUGCACGGGGAGAUGCAUUUCGGAUUAUAUUGUUGAUGGUCGGUGUUAAUUAUGUCAUCUAUGUAGAAUGUAGAGGCAGGCAGCUGGUCACACUUUUGAUAACUAAACAUUGGUACUUGUUGGGAAUGUGACUUCGUUUGUAUUUUAGCAUCUUCAAUGAUGCUUGGUAGUAGUUUUUUUGCUGGAUUCUAUAGCCGCUUUUUUUGCAAGAAUUGUAUGGCUAUUUUUUUUUUUGCGGGAAUGUUGCUGGAAUUUUGCUACAUCUUUUAUCCAGUGGUAGGAAAUGUAAAUGAACAAGAAUAUGAAGUUGUUACUGAAUAUUUUACUGAAUAUUUUUUCUUAAA